AAGAAACCUUAACUAUAUAUUGAUCAUUAUACAUGACUUCUAGCUAGGGCAAAGAGAGGGGGCCAUAAUAGCUCCUAUGUGGUCUUCCUUGAAAGAACCCUCCGUAAACACAUUGAAUCCGAGAUACUUUCUCACUGAUUAUUUUCUUCCUACCAAACUACAGAAAAGCUUGUAGCCACAGACAUGAAUAUACAUGGUGGGUCUCAAUUUUUCUUUUCAAACCACCAUUAUAAGGCUUCACGCUUAACUUAUUCCAAACAUCUUUCUCACUCCCGCUCCAUAUGUGCUUCUUCAUUACCUCUCUAAACCAAAUCAUGGAAGUAAAGAGAAAUACAAAAAUGCAACUCCUCCUUUCACUUCUGAUUAUGUGCCUCCUCCACGUCCAUCCAACCCUCUCCGGCGGAUAUCUCCUCUCGGAAUACAGAGCCCUCCUCUCCAUCAAGUCCUCCAUCACUGAUGACCCACAAUCAGCUCUUUCUACGUGGAACACCUCCACUAGCCACUGCACCUGGUCGGGUAUCACAUGCCACCCUUCCCGUCGUCGCGUGACCAUCCUCGACCUCUCAGACCUUCGUCUCUCUGGUACUCUCUCCCCAGACCUGGCUCAUCUCCGUUUCCUCUCCAACCUCUGCGUCGCCUCCAAUCAACUCUCUGGGGCCAUCCCAGCCGAGCUCUCUUCCCUCUCUGCUCUCCGCGUCCUCAAUCUCUCCGACAAUCGCUUCAACGGCAGGUUCCCCUCCCAACUCUCCCUCCUCAAGAACCUUCAAGUUUUGGAUCUCUACGACAACGACUUGACUGGUGACUUACCCUUGGCCGUCACUCAAAUGCCCAACUUACGCCAUUUGCAUCUCGGCCGUAACUUCUUCUCGGGUGGGAUCCCGUCCCAGUUCGGGCAAUGGAAAUUCCUAGAAUACUUGGACGUAUCCAAUAACGAACUCGGGGGUCCUAUACCGCAGGAGAUAGGAAACUUGACCAACCUCAGGGAGCUCUACAUUGGACAGUACCCCAAUAUGUACGAAGGUGGCAUACCCCCAGAGAUCGGGAACCUAUCGGAACUAGUUCGUUUCGAAGCCAACGGCUGUCUUAACUUAUCCAGUGAGAGCUUCCCCUCCCAGCUCUCCCUCCUCAAGAAUCUUCAGGCUUUGGAUCUCUCUCACAACCGCAUGACAGGUGACUUGCCCUUGGCCGUCACUCAAAUGCCCAACUUGCGCCAUUUGAAUCUAGGUGGUAACUACUUCUCAGGUCGAAUAACGCCCCAGUUCGGGCAAUGGAAAUUCCUAGAAUACUUGGACGUAUCCAAUAACGAACUCGGAGGUCCUAUACCGCAGGAGAUAGGAAACUUGACCAACCUCAGGGAGCUCUACAUUGGGAACUUAAAUAAGUACGAAGGUAGCAUACCCUCGGAGAUCGGGAACCUAUCGGAACUAGUUAUUUUCGAAGCCAGCGAUUGUAACUUAUCUGGCGAGAUACCACCGGAGAUCGGGAACUUGGUGAGCUUGAAAUCCUUGGACUUGUGGUAUAAUGUUUUUACAGGCGAGAUACCACCGGAGAUCGGGAACUUGGUGAGCUUGAAAUCCUUGGACUUGUCGUAUAAUGUUUUUACAGGCGAGAUUCCUGAGUCUAUUGGCGACAUGCCGGAACUGGAGGAGUUGAGGUUGUGGGAGAACAACUUUACCGGGAUCAUUCCUCAGAGGCUGGGAAAGAAUGGGAAGCUUCAGCUUCUUUAUCUUUCAUCGAAUAAACUGACUGGUACUCUGCCUCCUGAUAUGUGUUUUGGGAAUCGGCUUGAGCUUCUGUAUACUGACGGAAAUUUAUUGUCUGGUCCAAUCCCGGACUCACUAGGGAGGUGCGAGUCGCUGUCUGUGAUCCGAAUGGAGCACAACUUUCUCAACGGUUCAAUGCCAAGAGACCUUUUCGGUUUGCCCAAUCUUACCCACGUGUUGCUGCGGAAUAACCGUCUGACAGGGAAGUUUCCCAUUUCCUCGAGAAACGUUUCUCAAUUGAGGACACUAGAUAUUUCUGACAACAAGAUUCAUGGUGAGCUACCUAGUUGGAUCUGGAGACUUCCCGAUCUUCAGAUUUUGAAUCUUUCUCAUAAUUGUCUAGAGACUCUAGAUGUGAAUUUAAACUCUUCCCAAACUUCCGUAUCAAGAUUGAGGAUCAUAGACCUUCACUCCAACCAGCUCCAAGGGCAACUUUCAACUCUCACACUUAAUUUUCAAAACAUCAUUCCACGUGGGCAGCCUUUUUCCUUCUUUAUUUCAAGGAAUAAAUUUGACGGGACUAUUCCUAUGUCACUGUGCAAUGCUACCUAUCUUGGUGCUCUAGACUUGUCCCAUAAUCACUUGACUGGCACGAUUCCCCAAUGCUUAAUUGAAAUGAGUACAAGACUAAGCAUGAUGGAUCUAGGGGGAAACAAUCUUACUGGAGUAAUUCCUGAUUCCUUUUCAGACUACCCAUGUUAUUUACAAAUUUUGGUUCUGAAUGGAAAUCAACUGGAAGGAGAGCUACCAAAAUCCCUAGCCAAGUGCAAUAAAUAUUUGAAGGUUUUGGACGUUGGGAACAACCGCAUUCAGGAUACAUUUCCAUGUUAUUUGAAGAGCAUAGACACAUUGCGAGUCCUUAUUUUGCGAGCUAAUCAAUUUUAUGGGUCUAUUAAUUGUCUAGACGCUAAUACCACCUGGUCCAACCUUCAAAUUUUGGACCUGGCCUCGAACCAUUUUGUUGGUAAGUUUCCAAUACGUGACUUUUCUAGCUGGAAGGGAAUGAUAGUAACCAAAAAUAACGCUGGACAGCCUGGACUUCGCCAUUCUGAAAGUUCAAACAACGGGAAGGCAUUGCCAUUGCCAGAUUACAGCUCUGAAAUUAGGGUCAAUCUUACAUUAAAAGGUCAAGAAUUGGAGUUGGUGAAGGUCCUAACUAUCUACACCUCACUUGACCUGUCGUGCAACAGUUUUGACGGACAUAUACCUGCAGAAAUAGGAGAAUUCAAAGCCCUAUAUGCCCUCAACUUAUCUCACAAUGCUUUUACAGGUAAAAUCCCACAAGCUUUAGGAAACGUGACUGCUCUUGAAUCACUAGACUUGUCUAGCAACAAGCUUAUUGGAGAGAUUCCUCAACAACUUGCAGAUGGUCUUAUUUUCCUGUCAACCCUUAACCUUUCGUUCAAUCAAUUGGUGGGAAAGAUUCCACAGAACAAUCAAUUUACUACAUUUACAGAAAGUUCAUUUGAAGGAAAUAUACAGUUAUGUGACUUUCCCAUGAAAGAAAAAUGCAUACAUGAAGAAUUGGGACCGUCACCUCCUCCAUCUAAAGAAUCUCACUGGAAUUCAAUUGACUGGGACUUCUUAAGUGUUGAGUUGGGAUUUGUUUUCGGCUUCGGGAUUUUUAUUGGACCUCUUAUAUUUUGGAAGAGGUGGAGGAAACGCUACUAUAAACAUGUCGACGACAUUGUUUUUAAGAUGUUCCCUCGGACAUACAUAAGAAUAGAGAAUCAUCGAAGGCGAGCAUACACGAAUCAAGGACGACAAGCACGAAGGAAUCAAGGUGGGAGGGAUUAGUGACAGAUACGAGGAGCAAUGCUCAAUGAUGUCAGGCUACACAACUUGAACUCAUGGAUAGAUCAUUACAAAGUUGUUUUGGGAAGUCCUAAUUGAGAAGUACUACGUACUAAAAUAAGAUAUAUGAGGAAGCAAUAUGGCCUCGAUCGUCAUGGGAAUGAAGCCAUAAUUAGAUGGUUAACUUGUGGGGUAGAAAGUAAUAUGAGAAAUUACAUUUGUAUAAGUAAUUCUAAUAGUAUUGGCGUUACUUUAUGUAAGAAUUUAGUC